AUGGUAGCUGUUUCUGAAAUAAAAAAACACUGGGACUUUUCAGAUAAAGUGAUGUCGGAAAUAAGCUCUUUAAAUCCUAAAUUAGCUCUUUCGAGCGACCACAGAGAGAACAAGCUUUCCAUCGUGCCGUUGGCUACAAUAUUGCCCAGAAUAAUUACUCAUAAUACUGCAACAGGCGAUGGCAGUUUACUGCAAUCCUUAGAUGACCAGUGGCAAAAUCUCCCCCUAAGAUGUCUACCUGAUGACAUAACUCAAGAAAAAGAAGUCGACCUGUUUUGGUCUAAAUUGUUAACAUUUGAAAACCUUUGCGGCGAGAAAGAAUUUACUGUUCUCGCACAGUUCGCUCUUGACGUUUUAUGCAUCCCUUACGCCAAUGCAGAUUGCGAGCGCAUCUUUAGCAAGAUAAAUCUUAUUAAGACGAAAAGUCGGAAUAGAAUUUUGACUAACACUAUUAAUAAUGUGGUUAUCGCUUCUGACAGCGCAAAACAUCUUGAAAAGGGAUGUAUAUCAUUUGAACCCACGAGACAAAUGGCAAAUAAAAUUGUCUCCAACGUCCUGUAUGCAACAACUUCUCUGCAAUCAAAUCCGUCUACAUCUACACGUCGAGAUUUUGAACUCGAAGAAGAAGACGCCUUCGAAUUUUUCAUUCCUGAUUAG